ACCCACUCGCAGUGCCCACUCCUGGAGGUGGUGCUCGCGCGAGGAGAGUCGGCUCUCGGCACUUGACAUGGCGGCAGCGGCGGUGACUGCAGCGACGAGAGGGAAUGGGGCCGGCGGGGGCCGGGCCGGGGCCGGCGAAGCCAGCGGCUCACGGAAGAAGAAGGGCCCGGGGCCUCUGGCCACGGCGUAUCUGGUCAUCUACAAUGUGGUGAUGACCGCGGGGUGGCUCGUUAUAGCAGUUGGCCUGGUCAGAGCAUACCUGGCUAAGGGUAGCUAUCAUAGCCUUUAUUAUUCCAUUGAAAAGCCUUUGAAAUUCUUCCAAACUGGAGCCUUGUUGGAGAUUUUACAUUGUGCAAUAGGAAUUGUUCCAUCUUCUGUUGUCCUGACUUCUUUCCAGGUGAUGUCAAGAGUUUUUCUAAUCUGGGCAGUAACACAUAGCGUCAAAGAGGUACAGAGUGAAGACAGUGUCCUCCUGUUUGUUGUCGCCUGGACAAUCACAGAAAUUAUCCGUUACUCCUUUUACACAUUCAGUCUUUUAAACCAUCUGCCUUACCUCAUCAAAUGGGCCAGGUACACACUUUUCAUUGUGCUGUACCCAAUGGGAGUGUCGGGAGAGUUGCUCACAGUAUAUGCUGCUCUGCCCUUUGUCAGACAGGCUGGCCUGUACUCCAUCAGUUUGCCGAACAAAUACAAUUUCUCCUUUGACUAUUACACAUUCCUGAUUCUGAUGAUGAUCUCCUACAUUCCAAUUUUCCCCCAGUUAUACUUCCACAUGAUACACCAGAGAAGAAAGGUCCUUUCUCAUACCGAAGAACACAAGAAAUUUGAGUAGCUCUUGCUUCCUGCACCACCACCCCCAGCAACAAACUUUCCAAUGAUAAAAAAAAAAAAAAAAUGCUGCAAACUUUUUCAGUUCCCAAUACGUUUCAUAAAAUAUGAGUAAGAACUAUUUUUAAAAUACUAAAAAAAAAACAAAAACCAAAAUCCAGUGUCACAUGGGCCUGGGAUUUUAUAAAACACGAAAAACAAAAGCUGUUAACAUAAAACAUCCUGGCCGGUCCAUUUCAGCAUGCUCUUUCAACCAGAGGUUCCCAAUAUUUAUGAUGGCGCUGGAAAGGGAUUUGGCAUUUUAUAUCCUCCUGUUUCCUUCCUGUGUCUGAUAAGUAAAGAUCCGUAACACUAAAUACUUGCGCGUUACAGUCUGAGUGAUGAAGUUGUACCCACUGAAUGCCCAGCUUGCAGCAGUUACGUUUCAGUCUGCAGUGUGUUUCGCAUUCCCUCUCCAAGUGCUUGACCGCAUGCUGGAAGCCAUUUGUUCUCUGGAAUGCCCUGAAGUUAUGGCUGGGCCCUUCCCCCUCCUGUCUAGUGGAUGAAUUAUACAAUGUAUAUGUCCGUGAAACUCUGGGAUAGUGCCUGUAAUCAGAAAACAACUAGAACCCCUUUCGUUUGUUUUCAGUUGAGUCAUUACUGCCUGCCACUAGGAAAUAUGCUUGAGUUUACUAAGUAUGUGUAUAUCGUAGAGAAAAGCUACCUUAUCUGGGGCUCAGCCUCCAUCACAUUUUAACAGAAUGGCAGUCCUCAGAAAGGGAAAGCUCAGUCACCAGUUAAUGACAAGACAAUUCCCAGAACACCACCGAGUAAGGUGUUUGCCAAGAGCUGUUCUCACUUAGGGACCUGAAGCCAAUCUAAUUGCAUGGGAGUAGAGACUUCGGUUGUUGAAAGCACAUGGAAGGCAUUACUUGAGAAGUGGAACCUGGACGGACAUUGGAGAAUAGGCUUAGACACCCUUAUUAUUUUAUUUUUACAUUUUCAUUCAACUCUUCUGUUUGACUCCAUUUCCUAAUUAUGGCUCUAUGUAAUCCCCACCAAGUUGGAAGUCCAGAGGCAGUGAAAUGUUCCAGUUGGGCAGUCAUGAGCUAAAAGUAGUAUCGUCCCCACAUUUUGGAGCAGCCAAGAAACACUUUGGUCAUAUGGACAUUGUCUAAUUAACAUCAUGUUUUCAUAUGUUAAUUGCUAAAUGUGCAUUUAAGACUCUUUAAGAAAGGGUUGGAUGAAAAUAUAAAGCCCAAGUUCAGGCCUGCUUUAGAUCUUAAACACACAAUGUUCUUUGUGGAAAGAUCAUCCCUUUUUUUUUUUUUUAAUUGGUUGCUCUUUAAAAGUCUAGCUUACUACCUUACUGACUGGUUAUCAAUUAAAAUAUAAUUGCUAAUAUUAGAAGAGUAUCAUAUGGAAAACUAAUUUUGAAAUGUUUAUUUUCAUGGAAGCUUGAAAAUUAAGAAAAAAAUGAAGAAAAUACGUAGCCUAAAAUUUAAUGCAGACAGAUACGUAAUAGAUUAUUUUUGAAUUGAACAUGAAAAUUCUGCUUCUUAAAGUCAGCACUCUUAACUUGGGCAUGUUAAGAUUAGAGUAUUCUUGUACUUGAUAAACAAAAUGUGAGGGAAAGAUUAUUUUUCGUGCUUUUUCUCUUUUUAUUUUUCCAAAAUGUAUUUCUACUAUAAAAUAGAAUCGAUUUGGGUGAUAGUAGCCUUAUUACUUAAUUUGGGUAAGAUUUUUUUUCAUUUGUUUGGGGAAUAGUUAUAGAAGAUAGGAUGAGAAAUACAGGCUUGCCAGGAUUGCUGGAUUGGGGGUUUUAUUCAGCCGUCUGUAUUAUAAUUUGUCCCUGUUUAUGGAAAACAGUGUCCCAAAUAGUGGGAUUGCAUCACCUUGAACUUCGGCAACAAGAAUGCGGUGAACAACUCCCCUCUUAAAAAGGGUCUCAACCGGUGUGCAUUUUGGUCCAUCAACGUUUAAAAUGCUCAUUGCAGAUAAAGAAGGCAUGUCGCCCUGUCCUCUAGUCAUCUCUCUCGGUAACUGGUUUCUUUAUCUCUUAACGUGGAUUCAUUUCUCUUUGGAAGUGGUGGCGUUCUUUGAUGAAUUGAGAACAUCCAACCCCACCAGGUGCCACAGCUUCUUAUGAAGUAUGAAUGAAGAGGGUGGUGUCAGGGUGGGUAUUUUGUCAGAUUGACUGUUUUCAUUUCAGGGCACAGUCAAAGGCAUCCUCGGCCCACCUCCCACCCCCACCUGAUUGGGUGUUUCAGAUCCCCCCCCUCCGGGGACCACCUUCUGACAGAAUUCUUUGAGGUACGAGGUAGUGCUUUGUAGACACAAGCUGCUCAUUUGCAUCUUGCUGUGUUCUGUUUGCUAAGGUUGGGGUCAUUCAUUUAACACAUACUGACGAUUAUGAAAGGCACCAUGGAGAGUUAGUCAUGGAAUAAAAGCACAUCCUCCCUGACGGAAACGUUCCUCUGGAGCCAGCUUCCGGCAGGAAGGGUUUAGAAGAUGUAGCAUUGAGGCAUGUGAAGAGAUUGUGCCCUCACUUCCACUUGUGUUUUUGGUUAUUCACUUGUAAUGAAAGGUUGGCAGUGAUGUGGUACAACCUGCAAAUUAUUUUCAGUUCUGAGUUUCAGAUAAAACAUUUUAAGACAAAAAUCAGUACAUACUGCUCCUUUGAAAUUUGGGUAAAAAAUUAUACAACCGUAUAUAUAGUCAUUUUUAUAUUUUUUCUAUGUUGUGAAAACCAAAAUUGUAAUUUUAUAAGUCUUUGAUUCACUAAAAUUAUAUAAUUUAAAUGUAUUUUUUGUAUAUUUAGAAAUAAGGAGUUCAAAGACUAUGCUUAACUUUCUAUGCAUGCAUUUGGAAGCUGUUUUUACCUGAUAAUGUUAACGUAGUAAUAAGUUGUAUUCAUAAAAUACUGAUCUGUGUUGCAUUUCAAAAUAAACUGGUAUGUGCUCUGCCUGGAUUUGAA